GUCUAUGAACUUGAAUACAUGUUGAGUGUUUGGAAUUUGAAUUAGUUGCUUUCAGUUUGAAUUGAACAUUCGCCUGAAUUACAGUCGAUGCGGUUAGACAUACUGAGAAUAUGAGUGCGCUGGGAAACCUAAUUAUAAUGCUAAUUUUGAGUGUUUUGAAUGGUAAUUGCGCAGCUGAGGCUGAAACAAACUGCGGGAAGCUGGAGGAGCGUUUGCUAUACAGAAAAGACAUAGUAACGGAGCCAGCUGAGUACCCGUGGAUUGGCCUGCUCUUUCAGCGCAAAGGUCAGAAAUUUAGGAACGCCGGCUGCAAUGUUGUAAUUGUGGGUGAAUCUCAUGUCCUUACAACUGCAUCAUGCGUGCAAGGGCUUAAUACUCAGCCAGGGUCGAUAGCCGUGCGAUUGGGUAUUUGGGAUGAGACGCAUCAGCCCGGCGAGCCGUAUAUCUGCAAUGAUAAAGGCUUUUGUGUCCCGGGACCCGUGCAAUAUCUAGUUGAUGCGAUUACGGUGCAUCCGCUUGCGGACAAGGACACGGGAAUCAACGAUAUAGCUAUUUUGCAGCUGUCGCAGCGCAUCAAUAUGACUACUUACAUUCAACCAGUGUGCUUGCAGCCAACUUUAGAGCCCGCCUCGUGGACUAGUAUGGAUUUUCAUUACGGCGGCUUUGAAGAGGCUGACGUCAGAAAGGUAAAAGAUAUGGCGAUUACCAUAUCAAGGCAAGUCUGCACUACUGAAACGGCGACACCGCCACCAGAUAAUCAGUUUUGUGGACUUCCGAGGAUACGCGCCUCCACCUACAAAGGCGCUCCACUGAUGGGCAUUAAUGUUGAGAAUGAUGUGCCGCGCAGCUUUUAUUUGGUCGGUAUACUAGUUAGGACUAAGGACGUGGGUCAGGUGUUUUUAUUCUUCCAAGAUAUUAAACCUUUGCGACGCUGGAUUAUGGAUAAUACCCACUCAGCAAGUUCAUAGUACAAUAAUCUUGUGUAUAUUAUAUAUUGAGUUUAUUUUUCAAUUAUUUCCAACUUGUCUUAAUCGAGCACCCGAUUGCUGCUUUUAUAAACACUUAAACAUCCGC